AUGCUUUCGAAAUCUCUAUUUUAUGGAUUACCUCAUAUUCCAAGAUGGAAAAUAGUUCGGUUGAUGGAUUAUGAAUCCAAAUACCAAUUGGGAAAAUGCUCAAAACGUACAUACAAUAUUAUCGAUUCAAUCAUCUUUUCUCUUGAUAAAAUAAUAUUCAGAUCAAGACCUAGAAGUAUUGAAAUAGAAAUAGCUAACAAUUUUGGAGGUCUCCCAAUUUAUUGCAUUUUUUCAAAACGAGACAAUGAGAAUUGUGAGAGGAGUAUUGAUGGAUGCAAGUCGAUUGUAAGAGGGGAUUUUGUGACAAUUGCAUUGAUGGAAUUGAGGAAAAUCUUCUGUUACAAAAAGUCAAGAACCCGUGUUAUCAACAUAGAAGAAACAUUCGAAAACAAUACAACAAAAACUCUAAUCAGUAGAAUCACAUCCGUUCUAUCAUCUCUUGGACAUCAAUUUGGACCUAGAACUAAACUCCAUAUUUUGAAAGAUAUUGUUGAAUUGGAACAAUGGAAGAAGGUGCAGUCUGUAUACAUUUGUCAUGACCAACUUGAUGUACCAGUUGAAAGUAUUAAACAUCUUUCGUAUUAUCAUAAUGAACGACAGAAAACUUCAAUGGAGAUCAAAACAAUAAUUGAGAACUAUUUCGAUUCGGAGUUCUUUGUCAGAGCAAGAUUGAAGUGCCAAGAGAAUCCAUUUAAUUCUGAUUUUGAUCUACCAUUUCAUUUCAAUCCUUCAACUCAAAUAUACAGAUUUCAAAAAGGGGAAACUGCAUUUUCAGCCAAAACAACUCCUGACGGAUUUGUUUUUGUUCGAAAACAUAAAAACAUCAAUCACCUGCUCACUCCACAUUAUGUCAUAUCAAAAAGUGGUUUGUUGCUGCAUCGCAAAUGUUACGCAAUUUGGAAAAAACUGCCACCUAGUUGUGAGACAUACGCCUCGAGAUACUUAAGUUGUAUCAGGGAGUGUGAGAAGCUUUACAAAGAAAACAUAGAACUGAAAGUGGCAGCAUGUCUUUUUGUUGCUUGUCAUCAUUUGAACUCAACAAAUUCGAUCAUUGAUAUUUCUGAAGUUUUUGGAGUUUCUGUAGAAGAAAUAGUGAGAUUCGCCAUACUAGUUGUCAACUGGAUUAAUGAUUCUCCUGCACGGAUUGUUACGGAGAUUUGCAGACUGUUAGGAUUAUCGGAAUCAUUUCGAGAAACUGCAAUAGGGAUUGCUCGAAAGGCGGCUGGAAAGAAGAUGUUUCUCACUAGAAUCCCUAUGAAUAUAGCAGCUGCCACAAUCUACAUGACAACUAAAGUGACUUCCGAGAAACGGACAAUCAUAGAGAUUGGAGAGAAGACUAAGACGGGAGUGGCAUCGAAUCUCGAAUUAUUCGAAAUAAUGUGGGCUGAAAAGGCUGAAUUGUUACCAGAAUAA